AUGAAAGACAAUAAAGACAUCAAACGUAAUAUAAAUAUAAGUUUAGAUAAAGACAGCAAUAAAACAAUAAGAUUGGAGCUACGACACCCGGACCAUGUAACAGAUUAUAAAAUGAACGGACAAAUGGACGUCGGAUUGAUUGGAAUUAGUGAGGAUGAUAACCAUGAAGAUAAUCGAAACGGAAAUGACGAAAAACUUACUAGUAACACUUUCAAAUGUGUUUCGUCUAUGAUAUCUGUAUUAAUAUAUAAUGUAUGUCACCAGGAGCGUCUGGGCGGCGGCGGGCUGGGUUUGGGCGGCGGAGGCUUCCGCGGCGCUCAACCCUCGCUCGCCGAUUUCCAGCCGCCUUACUUCCCGCCGCCCUUCGCACCUAGCGCACACCCUGCGAGCCCGCAUCACCAGCAACAGAGCCAUGGCAUGGAAUAUUCAGGAGGUCCGGAGUAUGGACAGCAUUACGCGCCUCAGCAGCUUCUACCAAGACAUCAUGGCCAUGAGCCACCUCAUCUCAGACAUCAUAGAGAUCAUCACGACGUACACUCACACCACCUACCUCACGGCGGGUUCAGCUACGACAGGAGAACGGAUUACGGUGCACGGGAGCAACAUGACCUUGCCCUUCAUCACGCCUUACACACAGACGAGACACAGAAUGCAGGCAUGGACGAUACGACGGGUUUCAUGACGGAUCUUCCAUUAUUAAAAACAAUGAAAGCCCGCGAUGUAGGGACAGGUGCCUGCGCCCCCAGCGACGUGUUCUGUUCAGUACCGGGGCGUCUCUCACUCCUGUCUUCAACCAGCAAGUAUAAAGUGACCGUAGCGGAGGUCCAACGAAGAUUGUCACCACCAGAAUGCCUGAACGCGUCCCUACUAGGAGGAGUAUUGAGAAGAGCGAAAAGCAAAAAUGGCGGUAGGUUACUCAGAGAAAAACUAGAGAAAAUCGGUCUAAACCUGCCAGCGGGGAGACGGAAAGCGGCUAACGUAACGCUGCUCACGUCGUUAGUAGAAGCCGAAGCGGUUCAUUUGGCGCGUGAUUUUGGUUACGUUUGCGAGACAGAAUUCCCGGCGAGGGCGCUCGCUGAAUACCUCGCGAGACAAUACGCUGAACACGACGCACGACGACGCAGGGACCUGUUACACGCUACCAAACAGGUGGUGAAGGAGGUGAUGGAUCUAUUAAACCAGGACCGUUCUCCUCUGUGUAACACGCGGCCUCCUCACCUCCUGGAGCCAGCUAUACAACGACACCUCACACACUUCUCACUCAUAUCACACGGUUUCGGUGGACCGGCCAUUGUUGCCGCACUGACAGCUAUACAGAAUUUCCUAAACGAGUCCUUAAAGCAUUUAGACAAGUUAUAUCCACAGAGCGGCAUGGUGUCGUCUACUAUGGACAAAACAAAAAUGGAUCCCGACAUCAAAAAGUAG